AUGAGUGAAAAUCGAAAAAUUUUUAAGACUAAACUCAAAUUUUGUCAGAAAAAUGCUGAGCAAAUCAAAAUGGAUAGAUUAGCUCAGAAAAGAGCAAAUAGGGACUUUAAAAAUUUCUGGAAGUCGACCAAUAAGUUGGAAUCUAAGACUAGUCUUGCUACGAGCGUGGAAGGAAUUAGUGAACCCAGUGACAUCGCUAAUAUGUUCAUGGAACAUUUUAAAAUACAAUCUCCACUUGGGCCCUCAACACAGGUGGGUAGUGCUGGGACCGUUUGUGGGGGAGAGGAACCUCUUGUGCAUAUUUCUGCUAAACAGAUACGCAUUAUCAUAAUAGGUAUGAGCCGAGGUAAAUCUCCAGGACAUGACGGGCUCAGCAUUGAGCACCUGAAGCACGCUGGAUUUCACCUGCCACGAGUCCUGUCCAUGUUCUACACAAUGUGUGUUAGUCACUCUUACUUGCCUACAAAUCUGAUGAAGACAAUAGUAGUUCCCAUUGUGAAGAACAAGACGGGAGACAUCUCUGACAAGGGUAACUAUCGUCCUAUUUCCUUAGCGACUAUCAUAGCAAAGGUGUUGGACGGUGUGCUUGAUACCAUCUUAAGUGACCACAUUCAACUGCAUGACACACAGUUCGGGUUUAGACCAGGACUAUCAACCGAAAGUGCUAUUUUAAGUCUAAAGCACACCGUUCGAUAUUACGUAGAUCGGGGUACCCCGGUAUAUGCCUGUUUCCUUGAUCUUUCCAGGGCAUUUGAUCUCGUCUCAUAUGACGUGCUCUGGAGGAAGGUGGAGGACAGGGGUGUACCGUCAGAGAUAUGUGGUCUGCUCAAAUAUUGGUACAGUAAACAAAUAAAUCAUGUGAAAUGGGACGAUACUCUUAGUGAACCGUACAGGUUGGAAUGCGGGGUAAGGCAGGGGGGUCUAACGUCUCCCAGAUUAUUCAACCUAUAUAUAGAUGCUCUCAUAGGCGAGCUCAGUAGCAAGCGUGUCGGAUGCAGUGUUGGUGGGGUUAGUAUUAACAACAUCAGCUAUGCAGAUGACAUGGUGCUGAUGGGACCGUCGGUGAGGGCAGUAAGAGAAUUACUGAAGGUGUGUGUAGCCUAUGCUGAGUCUCAUGGGUUGGCAUAUAAUGUCAAAAAAUGUGAAUACAUUGUCUUUGGCAUCAGGGGCAAGCCUAGGACUGAUGAACCUGACCUGUUCUUGAAUGGGUCAAAAAUUAAAAAAGUGACGUCCUUUAAAUAUCUUGGUCAUUUUCUUGCAGAUGACCUGAAAGAUAAUGUAGACAUUGAGAGGGAACGCAGGGCUCUAGCGGUCAGGAGUAACAUGCUGGCCCGUAGAUUUGCUCGAUGUACGGACUUAGUAAAAAUUACCCUAUUUAAGGCAUACUGCCAGAGUCUGUAUACGAGCAGUCUAUGGAUCAAUUACACUAAAAGGUCGCUGGAUGCCCUGUGUUCAAUAUAA